GUGCGUACAAUGGCCAGUAAAAAAAAAUGUUGUUUUAGAUCGCAAAAUAUCGCUAGUUAAAGUUACUGAAAAGCAAGCUCUUCUAUUGGAUGUCGAAAUAUUUACUGAAAAUAAAUUUUUCUCCAAAACUGUCAUCAAAUGCUGCGCGCGUGUCUCUAGUAAUUUCCUAGCUCACGCGCGAUCUAACCUUUAAUUUUGUGAUUGCACGUGUUACGAAGAUUGGAACAAACUUUAUAGUAUUUAUCAGUUUAUUUGCAGGAUAAAGAGAAUUAUAUAAUAAUUUGUAGAGAAACUCAAACAGUGGCCAUAGAGAUUAACUUCGUUAAUCGAUCAAGUGCACUCUCGUACAAGAAAUCUUUAAAAAAAAUUGCACGUGUUAGAGUAUUAUGCAAAAGAAUCAUCAAAUGAGUGUAUUUUUAUUAGAAUUUAAGUGCCAAAUGAGCACUUAAACAUUUACAGAAGAUUUAUUAAUUAUAAUAAUAAUUAAUAUGAAUACAAAACAAGAAACGCACCGACCAGGUGCGUUGAAACAAUCUAAUAAGCAACACAAGACUGGAAGACAUCGUAGUAAAAGUGCUAUCAAUAAAGAUCUUAAAGGUAAACAAAAUAUCAAAACAUCAUUGAAACAUCUUAAGAAAAAUCUUCAGAGAGAUGCGCGUAGAAACCAAUUGUUGCAAAUCAGAAAGAAGAAGCGAGAGGAAAUACUAGCGCAAAAGAGAGAUCUUGGUGGUUUUUCUUCUGCGCCUGUUCUUAUCUGUAUUAUACCCUUGCAUAAUGAUAUAGACAUUCAAAGUGUUAUGUCUGUUAUAACUGGUAUGGAUGAAACUGCUAAUAUUUCUACCAGUCCAAGUGGGAUCACACAUAUAGGGAUACCAAAGUUAAAACAACGAUUUUCCAUCAUUGUGCCACCGAUAGAUAAUGUUUUAGCAACAUUAGAUGCAGCCAAAGUUGCUAAUACAAUACUCUUUAUAACUUCUGUCACGUUUCGGUUAAAUGGUGAUAAUAGUGAAAGAGAAAUUAUAGAUGAUGAAGGCCGGAAGAUAAUUGUGUCUUGUCUUGCUCAAGGUUUACCUACUACUAUAGUUGCAGUUCACAAUAUUCAGAAACUUCAUAUUAAAAAACGUCAGGAAUAUAAACAAUCUGUGCAACAUGCUAUUUCUAAAUGGCUUCCUGAUGAGAAAGUACUUGAAUUAGACACAGCAGACGAUUGCUUGAAUAUGUUACGUCGUGCAGGAUCACAAAAACAAAGAAGUGUAUUUUACAAAAAUAUGAGGCCGCACCUUUUAGCCGAAGAAUUUUCAUUUAAAUGUAAUGAGGAUUCACUCAAUUUGGGAACUCUUUCGGUCACUGGAUAUGUGCGAGGCUCAUGUCCACUGUCUGUUAAUAAUUUGGUUCAUAUACCAGGCUUUGGUGACUUUCAAAUGUCGUGCAUCAAAGAAUUAAGUGAUCCAUAUGAAAUUAUAUAUGCUAAUCGCAAGAAACGUUCUCCUGAUGAUGAGAUGAAGACAGAAGGAGAAACGAGAACAGUAGUUUUGUAUACUGCAGACCCUGAAAAACAGGAAUCUCUCGAAAGUGAAAUUAUUCCUGACCCAAUGGACGCUGAACAAACGUGGCCUACAGAAGAGGAAUUGGCUGAAGCAGCAGCCAAUAGAAAAAGAAAAAUUGUAAAAGUUGUACCAAAAGGUACUUCUGAAUAUCAAGCUGCGUGGAUACCAGAUGAAGAUGGAGAAAUUCUCAGUGCAUGUUCAGAAGAAUCAGAGGAUGAUAUGUCUGUGGAAGAAGCAAGAUCUGAAGCAGACAGUAAUAAAGAUUUAGAAGAUGAUGAAGAAUAUGAAACUAUUACGAUAUCAGAAGCUGCAAUGGAUGAUGAACAUUAUGAUCGAGAUAUCGAUGUACUUGAAGAGAAACAAGCAAUGGAUACGUUCAAAGAGGCAAAUUUGGACGCACAAUUUCCGGAUGAAGUGGAUACGCCCCAAGAGACAUUAGCUAAAACGAGAUUCCAAAAAUACCGAGGUCUCGAAUCAUUUCGUACCAGUCCAUGGGAUUCGAAGGAAAAUCUUCCCAUCGAUUAUUCUCGAAUAAUUGAAUUUGCAGAUUACGAUCGUAGACGAAAGCGUAUUUAUAAAGAAUGCAAAGAUAUCGAAGAGUCUGUAUGGCCAGGAAGAUAUGUAACACUUGAUAUCAUUCACGUUAAUACAGAAACUUUUAAGGCAUUUGCUACGAUGGUGAAUCAACCAUUAAUAGUGAUUGGUUUACUUCCAUAUGAACAUAAAAUGUCUGUAAUGAAUGUCGUAUUGAAACAUUCGAAUAAUUACACGCUACCGAUCAAAUCGAAGGAGAGAUUAGUAUUUCAGUGCGGAUUUAGACGAUUUACAGCGAAUCCAAUAUUCAGUCAACAUACAAAUGGCAAUAAACAUAAGUAUGAAAGAUACUUUCAUCCUGAAAAUACCGUCGUAGCAAGUAUGUAUGCACCAGUUACUUUCUCACCGUGUCCAGUACUUUGCUACAUUGAAAAUAAAAGUGGAGAGCUUGAAUUAAUUGCAACUGGAAAUGUGUUAUCUUGUAAUCCCAAUAGAAUUGUCUUGAAACGAGUCGUUCUAAGUGGUCAUCCGUAUAAAGUAAACAAGAGAUCAGUAGUUGUGCGCUUCAUGUUUUUUAAUCGUGAGGAUAUUGAAUGGUUCAAACCUGUUCAAUUAAGAACAAAAUACGGACGUAGAGGACAUAUAAAGGAAUCUCUUGGUACACAUGGGCAUAUGAAGUGUAUCUUCAAUGGUCAAUUAAAAUCUCAAGAUACAAUUCUAAUGAAUCUAUACAAACGAGUAUUUCCAAAGUGGACCUUUGAACCUUUAUUAUUGACACAACCAUCGUACAAAUCUGAAACCAUGCAGAUCGAAUAAUCUGUAUUUGUGGAAUUAAAACAUGUUUAAUUAUA